GCCCGUCGGAGCUGGAAAUGCAGGUGCUGGGAUCCGCGGUCGCUGCGGAGCAGGAGGCGGAGGCGGCCGAGGGGGCUCGAGCGAUGUGAACAGGCCUUCGCCGCUCUCCUCCUCCCUCCUCCUCUUCCUCCUCUCCCUCCUCUCCCGCCGCCCCUUAAAAAAAAUAACUUUUUUUUUUACUACAAAAAAAGAGGAAAAAAAAAAGUCGGCGCCCGGGCCGGGACCGCGGAGCCCCCCGCCCGCCGCCGCUCCCCCGCCUCGCCCCGGCGCUGGCUGGCCGGCCCCCGCCCGCCGCCCCCAUGCAUCCCUUCUACAGCCGGGCCGCCACCAUGAUCCGCGAGAUCGCCGCCGCCGUGGCCUUCAUCUCCAAGUUCCUCCGCACCAAGGGGCUCACGAGCGAGCGGCAGCUGCAGACCUUCAGCCAGAGCCUGCAGGAGCUGCUGGCAGAACAUUAUAAACAUCACUGGUUCCCAGAAAAACCCUGCAAGGGAUCAGGUUACCGUUGUAUUCGCAUCAACCAUAAAAUGGAUCCUCUGAUCGGACAGGCCGCACAGCGGAUUGGACUGAGCAGUCAGGAGCUGUUCCGGCUUCUUCCAAGCGAACUCACACUCUGGGUGGACCCUUACGAAGUGUCUUACCGUAUCGGAGAGGAUGGCUCGAUCUGUGUGUUGUACGAAGCCUCGCCAGCAGGAGGUAGCACUCAGAAUAGCAACAACAUGCAAAUGGUAGACAGCAGAAUCAGCUGUAAGGAGGAACUUCUCUUGGGCAGAACAAGCCCUUCCAAAAACUACAAUAUGAUGACUGUAUCAGGUUAAGAUAUAGUCUAUGGAUGGAUCAUCUUAUAAUGGAUGGAUAAAUUUGAUUUUUGCUUUGGGUGGGCUCCUCUUGGGGAUGGAUUAUGGAAUUUAAACCAUGUCACAGCUGUGAAGAUCUGGCACAAGAUAGAGUGGUAAAUUUUUUUAAGUGACAGUGCCAUAGUUUGGACAGUACCUUUCAGUGAUUUAAUAGCCUGUGAGUCCAAGUCAAUGAUCACUUUCUUUGCUAGGGAGUGAGGUCCUAAGGUGGUUUUGGUUUCUCCCAGACAUUUUACUUAAUUUCUACAUCAGUCCCUUCAACCCAAAUCUGUAUUUAUAAAGAAUCUUUCUCUGCAGUAGAUCUUGCGGAGUCAAUUUGCACUAUUACAUUUAAAAAUUGUUCUAGUUAAACCCUUUUGGCAGCUCAGUAGCAAAGCUGAAUGUUUUAAACAUGGUAGUACUGGAAAUUGUAUGACAGACUUUUACCUAGCACUUACUUCACAGUAUGUAUAAAUGUACAUAAGACAAUAAACUAGAGUAAGCAUGACCUGGGAAAAUGGUCAGACCUUGUAUUGUGUUUUUGGCCUUGGAAGUAGCAAGUGACCAGAAUCUGCCAUGGCAACAGGCUUUAAAAAGACCUUAUAAAGACACUGUCUGAACUGUGGUGUUAGCACCAGCCAGCUCUCUGUACAUUUGCUAGCUUGUAGUUUUCUAAGACUGAGUAAACUUCUUAUUUUUAGAAAGUGGAGGUCUGGUUUGUAAUUUUCCUUGUACUUAAUUGGGUAAAAGUCUUUUCCACAAACCACCAUCUAUUUUGUGAACUUUGUUAGUCAUCUUUUAUUUGGUAAAUUAUGAACUGGUGUAAAUUUGUACAGUUCAUGUAUAUUGAUUGUGGCAAAGUUGUACAGAUUUCUAUAUUUUGGAUGAGAAAUUUUUCUUCUCUCUAUAAUAAAUUGUUUCCUAUCUUGGCAUUUUAA